AUGGAGAUUAAUAGAGAAAAUUAUAACCAAAUAUUAUCAGAUGAACAGUUUUUUGACUCAAUUCCAAUAGGUUAUAUGUUUUUACCAACAGAUGGUGAGCUCGUUGAGUUUUAUUUGAAGAAGAAAAUUAAUGGUGAAGCUUUGCCAAGAAAUAGAAUUCGUGAAAUAUGUAUCAAUCAUCAUCAUCCUCAAGAACUUUGCAAUAGCCAACAAAGAGAGAGGAGCUGGUAUUUCUUCACUGGAAGGAAAAGAAGGUACAAAAAUGGAAGAAAACCAAAUAGACAAGUGAUAGGCAAUAAAGGCUAUUGGAAAGCUACAGGUGUUGAUUCAGAGGUUAAAUACAAUGGCCAAAUUGUUGGCUACAAAAUGACACUUGAUUUUUAUGAACAAAAUGGAGUAAAAUCUCAAUGGAAAAUGCAUGAAUAUCGUCUUGAUCGUAAAAGUUCUCUACCUGAUGCAAAUACCUCUAUUGAAAACCAGGAGUUGGACAAAUAUGUGUUGUGCGAGAUCUAUAUAAACACUAAAGCUAAGAACGUCAAUAAACGAAGCAAGAGAGAAAACGAUAGUGAAGAUUUGCCAACAGAUGAUGAUGAGUCUAUGAAUUCUCCCAACAAUGACAAUAUUAUUCAAGAUACUGAUUCGACAGAACCCAGUAGCUACAGUUCAAUCUUGUCCGAUAUCAACAUGUAUCCUUAUGAAGCAAAAAUGGAGCAUGAAAAUUUUUUAGGUUUCAAGAAUAAUGUAGAGUUUGGCGAUCAAUUUAUCCAAGAAAUUAGGAGUAAUUUCUUGUCAUCAAGUAAUUAUGAUCAACCCUCGAUCCUGCGUGAAUGCGAGAUGCUCUGUGCACCUGACUGUCCAAGUAAUUAUGAUCAAAUAUCAAAUUUUGGUGAUGGAAAUUUUCAUGGCUUCCAGGGUUUUGAUGAGCUUGGUGCAGUGAUAAAACAUUUGUUUCCAGAGAUGAAAAAUGAAAAGAGCAUAUAG